AUGGCAGCAGUAGCCAAUCCUGCUUUAGGAUCUAAUGAGAUCCCUACGUAUCAUCAGAUACCUGAAACAACUUAUGACCUGGAAUGGGCCGACUUAGUUACUUUGGAUCUCUCUCAAUUUGAGCAGCCCGGUGGAUUCUUUUACAUCACCAACUUUGGAUUGAGCCAGGAAGCAGUCGAUCGCCAAUUCGCCAUAGGAAAAGAAGUUUUCAAAUUGCCCAUGGAAGAAAAACUCCGGUUCCGUGCUGAACUAGAGACGGGAGGUUAUAAUGGCUAUAAACCGUUGGGUUUACGAGAAAUCGCUCCUGGAAUUUUUGACAACACAGAGAUUUAUAACAUAGGAAAGUUUAUACCAGCGUAUGAACGUCCCCAGCCCGAGAUCAUUAACCAGAACCGUGGCGAAAUUGAACAGUUCGCCCGGCACAUUCAUGACCAUAUUGUGGGAAAACUUCUUGUCCUCUGCGCAAUUCUGUUAGAGUUACCAGAGGAUUAUUUUCUCAGCUGUCAUCGCUAUGAUGAAAAGUCCGAUUGUCACUUGCGCUAUAUGAAAUAUUAUCGUCGCACCGAAGCAGAGAACAGGGCGCUAGACAACGUCUGGGUAAAGGGGCAUACAGACUUCGGAAGCCUUACACUUUUGUUCCGCCAACCUGUCUCCGCUCUCCAGGUGAGAACACCAGAGGGUAAUUGGCGCUGGGUUCGCCCUUACCCAGAGAGCAUCACUGUCAACCUUGCCGAUUCCCUUGACUUUUUAACAAACGGCUACCUAAAAAGUUCCAUUCACAGGGUUGUCCGCCCACCCCCCGAUCAGCAAGAGGUGGACAGACUUGGUGUUUUGUAUUUUGUCCGACCAGAAGAUAAUACUGAAUUAAGGCCAGUAGCUAGUACAGUUCUUGAGAGACUUGGUUAUGACAAAGUCGCAGACUCUAGCGCCGUAGGAAUUACCGCUGGGGAAUGGGUCAAGGCAAGAGUGGCCAAGGGAGUGGCUAAAGACAAUAAGCCAAGAAGCGAAGUUGGAGAACAGGCAAUUGUCGGUGGACUUACAGCAAAAUAUUAUGAUUAG